AUGUCUCCUAGCUGCGGCCGGACUUCCCUGGAUGCUAGCCUUAGGAUCGAAACAAACCGCUCUGGUGCUUGGGAUACUGAGAAUGAAGACCAGGCAAGGACAAUGAUUCGAAAGGGAAAUCCAGUGGAGAGCUUUCCAGAACCAUCGAUUCUCAAGUCUGGAAAUAUAACCCGGAUGGAGAUGAAAGCUACUUAUAAGGGCUACGUUAUGUCUGCGACAGGCUGGUUCGACUACCUCUCCAUCGCCGCACUGCUGUUCCACGCUAUCAUCGCGCUGCUGCACACUAUCCUUGUGGUCUAUCACGGCAAGACAAGUGGUGCAUGGGAUAUAAUUCUGGAGCUGGUUAUCUUGACAUAG